CUGUGCAGUCGAUCCGGACAGCGAUGUUCAGAAUGGCUUGGACCUGCCGCUUACUCUGAGCCCAGUAUUAAGUCACGGGUUUUCGAACACGACCGACUCAGCUACUACAUUACCAGAUGGAGGUUUGGUAGCCUGGAUGGCCGACCUUAUGCUAAGCAUUUGAAAAGGGGCAUGAUUAUUUCAUUUGGUGUUUUUCAGACCUAUUAUGUCUCGGCUUUACAACAGCCGCGGUCCGAUAUCUCAUGGAUAGGCUCUAUCGCCGUAUUCUUCUUAUUUUUUACAGGUGUCGUAAGCGGUCGUCUUACAGAUGCCGGCCAUUUCCGAAUCACCACUCUUGUUGGCGCCAUAUUGGUCAUUCUUGGGACCUUCAUGACCUCGCUGGGCCAGACUUAUUGGCAAAUCCUUCUUGCACAAGGUGUAUGUACUGGUCUUGGCAAUGGAUUUCUUCUCACUCCGAUGAUGACUCUCAUUACUACAUACUUCCACAGCAGACUUGCGCUCGUCAUGGGUGUAGCAGCAUGUGGAAGCACCACAGGAGGUCUUAUCUAUCCCAGCAUGGCAAGAACGUUAUUGCCGACUAUUGGUUUUGGAUGGACUAUGCGUGCGAUGGGCUUUAUACAGUUGUGGACAUUGGCUAUCGCUUUAGCAUGUGGGAAACCGACACCUGCGCCCAAGAAACCGGCUCCCCUGGUGGAUUGGUCUGUGUUCAAAGAGCCUGAGUUCACUCUUUACCUCAUUGGUUCUUUUCUCGCCUUUUUGGGAGUAUUCUUUCCAUUCUUUUUCCUGAGCUCUUUCGCUCGAGAGAAACAAGGCAUGUCAUACACUGAUUCCUUGAACCUAACGCUUGUGCUCAACGGUAUCGGCUUUAUUGCUCGAUUACUACCCAGUGUGAUUGCAAGAUACAUUGGCACAAUGAACGUGUUUAUUGUGUUUUUGUUUUCCUCUGCCUUAUGCAUGUAUACCUGGAUCCCGGUCUAUACGAUUUCUGGACUCUAUGCGUGGACAGCAUUUUACAGUCUGUCCAUAGGUGGUGUUCAAUCACUUUUCCUCGCUGUAGUCACUAUUAUCAACUCAGACAUAUCAAAAACAGGAGCACGACUAGGUAUUAUUUCUGCUGCUGUUGGGAUCGGAGCAUUGCUCGGGUCGCCUGUUUCGGGGGCUAUUAUUUCUUUGGGUGGAGGCUCAUAUACCGGCGCGCAAAUUUUCUCGGGUAGUACUCUUGUUGUUGGAGGUAUGUUUGUUGUUGCAUCGCGAGAGAUUAAAAGGAAGCAGAAACAGGGUGGCUUUUGGUUGAAGUUAUAA